GUUAGUAAUGCUAAUCGCUUAUCAAGGUCAUCGUAUUUGCUGCGCCGGAUAGUAAUGGUUUUAAACAGGCGGUUAUGCGUACGGGAAAUGAUUCAGCUUUUGCGUAGACAAGGGAGUAUAAUGGCAAGUCUUCACAAUGGAACGUUAAAAUGCGAGAGCGAAAAUGAUUUGGAAUAUGAGGAGGCAGUGCGAGCGCUCAACUCGCUGCAAACAAACACAGCCGUGCUGCAGCAACUGGCCAAGCAGGGUCGGCGCACACACGAGGCGCAGGCAAGGAACAUACAUGACACUGCCAAGUUCUUAUCCAGGUGCGGGAUAGAGUUGCUGCAGUUGGACAAGCUGAGCGUGAUCCACGUGGCAGGUACCAAAGGCAAGGGCUCGACGUGUGCCUUCUGCGAAUCCAUUCUGCGUGAGCACGGCUUCAAGACCGGCUUCUUUUCCUCCCCACACCUGGUGGCCGUGCGAGAGCGAAUCCGGAUCAAUGGCAAACCUCUUGCUCGGCAUCUCUUUGCACGCCACUUCUGGAAGGUGUACAAGGCUCUGGACGAGGCUAAGGAGAGCAGUGACGACAUGCCCGCCUACUUCAAGUUCCUCACCGUGAUGGCGUUCAGCGUGUUCCUGGCAGAGCGAGUGGAUGUGGCCGUGGUCGAGGUGGGCAUCGGCGGAGAGUACGACUGCACCAACGUGCUGAGGUCUGUUGCAGCGGUCGGCAUCACGUCCCUGGGUAUCGACCACGUGAAGAUCCUGGGCGACACCAUAGAGCAGAUCGCCUGGCAGAAGGCAGGCGUGAUGAAGCCGGGAGCCGUGGCCUUCACUGCCGGCCGACAGCCCGAAGCUGCGCUGCGCGUGCUACGAGAGAGAGCCGUUGAGAGACAGUGCCCGUUGCUGGUGGCUCCCCCUCUAGAGAGCUACGACUGGGGCCUUCUCUCGCCAGAGUUGGGCGUGGACUCCCCUGGCCAGUUGCUCAACGCCUCGUUAGCCUUGCAGCUUACCGGUGCUUGGCUUUCCUCUCGGUCCGCAAGAGGCGGGGCGCGGCAGUCCGGGAGCUGGUCGGGCGAGUGGCCGGUGGCUGCGGCUGCAGGCUUCCCCGUCGCGCAGGCCACGGCGCGGGGCUUGAGAGACUGUCGCUGGCCCGGCCGCACCCAGGUGCUGGACCGGGGGCGGGUGCGCUACUUCCUGGACGGGGCCCACACGGCCGAGAGCAUGGCGCUGUGCGCCGCCUGGUUCCUGCGCUCGGCCUCCCCCUCCGCGCGCAGGGUCCUGCUCUUCAACUCGACCGGCGACCGGAGCGUGGCGGACCUGCUGGCUCCCCUGCUGCCUUGUGCAUUCUCGUGCGUCCUCCUGUGUCCCAACUGCGUGACGGAGCAGGUGGACCUGAGCUCCGACCAGGCGGACUGCUUGGUGUCCCGGGAGCAGAUGCUGGCGCGCUGCCGGCUGCACCAGGAGGCGUGGCGACGACUGUGCGGGGGAGGGGAGGUGCGUCAGUAUGGCUGCGUGCUGGCGGCACUGUCGGAGAUCCGGCGUGAGCAGGAGACGACACAGGUGCUGGUCACCGGCUCCCUGCGCCUGGUGGGAGCCGUGCUGAGCGUGGUCGACCCCGAGCUGGCCUCUAGCUGAUUUCUCGCACCCAUCCCUGGAACACUGACAAGUUCAAAUGAUGAGUGAUGAAGUUACAGUGUAUGUUGUUGAUAAUGCCUGAGAAGUUGCAUCCAGAAACGUCAGGGUGCAGAGCUAUAACCACAACCACUGUCUCACUGUGUAAGCUACGUUCAGUCAGGAAAGUAAGGGUGUAGUGCAGUGCUGAUGCCAGAUGACAGGCGUGCAUUUAAUAAUCAGCAGGGUUAUCUGAUUAGUUAGGCCUGUGGGUAUAUUAAAAUUUUAAAAUACGGAAUAACUUAUUAUUUGUAUACCUCAAAUACUAACACUUUGAAAUAAAGAAUAUUUGUUUGCAUACACAUAUUUGACAUACCUCAUACCAAUGUUCGCUGUUGAGGUUAAGUCGCUUUAUACCCUUUUUUUAUGUUUUAACGUGAAUUUAUAAUAAAAAAUAUGAAUAUUAAACGUUUCAAUCAUGCAACAAGUAAUCAAAAUAUUUUUCACUACUGUUUUGCUAAACCAUAGCGGAAAAAUUGAGUGAACGAUUCAAAACACUAUAUACAGUGAAACCUCGUUAAUAAAAUACCGGUUAUUUCAAAGUUCGCGUUUAUUCGAACACUUUUAAUUCCCCUUCAGACUGGGAUAGCAUAUUUAAUGUCAAUCAAUACGGUUAAUACGAAAUAUUCGUUAUUAUGUAUUACGAAGUAACCUCACGUCCGCUCACGUAGUGUACUAUUGUUUUAUUAUCGGAUAAACCGAAUGAAAUUUUAGAACAAGAAUCGCACACUUUAAUCACGUGCACGCAGCUUCACUAUAAUUCUGUUAACGGCAAAUAAUUUGUACGGUAAAUGGUCUACAGUCAAACCUCUAUCUAUCGAACUCGCAUGUAUCGAUUGUCCGUGUUUAUCAUAUACUUUCUACGGUCCCGGCAAAAUUGCCAUACAACUAAGGUUAAAAAAGUCCGCUUGUACCGAUGUUCGAAUUAUCGUUUUGUCCGCAUUGAUCGUACAAAAUAUGUGGUCCCGUCACUAUAAAUUAUAAUAGAUGAUCGUUUAACCAUAAAGAUUUUGCAGAAAUAACCAUUUCUUAGAAAGAAACCGUCAUAAAAACAGUAACGAUAGUAUACAGUAGUAAAAAUCAACUUGAAUCUGCAGCCAAGUAAUGGAGCACGUAAAUAUGAAGAAAAGACAAAUGAACAACAACUUACGAAGAAAUUGGAUGAUGUACCAUAACUACAGUACAAACCCAAUUGUUAUCCUAAGAUAAUUACCAUAAAAAGAACUAAAGAUUCUUUGUCGAUACCAUAAUUACUACAGAAGCACGAUAGCUACCACAUUUGCACUACAGUUACCGUAACAACCGAGAUGUAUAUUUACCGUGACGGUAAUGUAUUUAUUUAUGACAUAUUAAAAAUAAAGAACAUUGUUGAAAAAAAUAAAAGGAUGUUAAACUUUGAUAUGUACGGUUGGCACAUGUUGCGAAGAAAUAAUGCGAUCUGAAAGAAUGCAGUACUACUACGAAAAGCGAAAAGGGUAAUCGUGGAUUUUUAGGUUAUGGCAGUCUCUCUCGUUUUUCAGUAAUAUCGGCCGAAAAUUAACAAGCGUAUCGGAAGUCGGCAGAAAUGCCGAUUCAACUAAAUAUUGGCAAAAUCGGCUUCUUCAGUACAGCUCAACAUUUGAUGACAUGAGUAAACAUAUUUCAGACUUCAGGAUAUUGAAAAAGACUUUAAUUUCCAUGUAGAUUUAUUGUGCGUAUGUUUUUUUCUGCAAGUGUAAAUUGAAUUAAGUAAAAUACUUCCAUUUUUAUUUAUUUUUCAACUGAUUUAACUUUAAUGACAAGUAACUGAUAUAUUUCUGACGCUAAUUUUGAGGUUGAAAUAUUUUUUAAAAAUUCUUAGAGUGAAGUCCACUUCAGCAUUAAUUGUCUUGGAAAAUGUUCUGGCUGCUAGUGAUGUAGACACUGAUGUCUUGUCAUCCUUCGACAAACUUUGCAAUGCAGUAAAGGACAUUUAUGCAACUAAAAAAAUACAGAAAAAAAUCAAUGAAUUUUUCAAGCCUCUUUAAUUCUCUAUUUGACUAAUUUUCGAGAAAAAAUCAAUACUUGAUUUUGUCGAUUAUUAUUAAUGUGAGCAUAUGCACCUGUUAAUACAAACCUCGUUAAUACAAACUGCAAAAUUUUAGGUCCCUUCAGGUUUGUAUUAAAGAGGUUUCACUGUAUUUGUGACAUUUCAAACUUGAAAACAAACUAUUAUUUGUAUUUGUUUCAUCACACAUACCAGCAGUGGGAAAUAAUAAAUAAAUAAACAUCAAAAACUAUGACGACAACACAAAACACAGAGUCUUCAUUGCUGCGGUCAUUAAAAGAAGUGAAUGCCAUAGUUUCAAUGGUGUAUAAAUCGAUAGUCACAAUUGAUCUAACACCAUGUGACACAGUAGCAUCUUACAUGCUGUAUGUAUCUAUGAUGAAAUAGAGGUUGCAGCUUAAAAACAAAAUAAAAAAUAUAAAUAAUUGUUUAAAAUUCCAGGUGAAAUUAACAGAAAUUGCAUCUAUAAUGUUGCUGAACUAAAAUACAGUUUGCCUACCUGUCGUUAACAACAAAAAGUGAAUAACUAGGGUUUAAAUAUGUAAAUAUGAACUGAUUUAAUCACAGAUUUGGGAAUACAGAAUUUAAAUUAAAAGAUUCUCUUUUCAUUAUGAGGUUCGUGUAAAUUUUCUGAAUCAACAUGCAGUUUUAAGUUUAGCAAGUUCUGGAAAAUAAGGCGAAUAGGAACUGAACUGAAAUGAAUAGUUGGUUGGUUUAUUAGGUUAGAUUAGGUUAAGUCAGCUGCAAAAUUAAAAUAUUAUAAUAAUGAUUUAAAUAUUUUAACAAAUAUUUAGCAUAUAAUUAUUGUAGCUGACUUAACCUAACCAAACCUUUCACUUAAGUACAUUUGUCUUAAUUUCCCAGAAGGCACUACACUACACAUUUACUUUUUCUGUGUCUAUAUAUUUGUUACAUGAUGUGAAAAAAAAUUUUGUGGGAUUCUAAUUCUUAUUAUUACUAUUCGAAUGAGAGAAUAAUUUGAUUUAAACUUUAUACAUACACAUAUAUAUAUAUAUAUAUAUAUAUAUAUAUAUAUAUAUAUAUAUAUAUAUAUAUAUAUAUAUAUAUAUUCGCACAGGCCUACUUAUCAGACAACAUAAAAUGUAUAUUUUUUUAUUAAUAACAUAAUUAUUUUGUAACUCAAAAUGUUAGUACCUUCUUAGUUAGGAAUAGUAGCUCUUGGGCCUAUGAUGUAAACAAUGUGGUUUGUUAAUUUUUUACAUCUUUGUAUUUGAUGUUAGGAUGUUUUAUCUCAUAAUGUUACUAUUUAAAACUUUUAUAUACCUGUUUUUAAAUGAUUUAGAGGUAUAAUUAAUAUAGUAAAAAUAUUUGUAUGGGUGCAAUAUUUUAAUUAAAAUAGUUGUGAACAAACCUACACUCAUGGUUAGAAAACAAAUAAUUAAAAAACAUUAAUUAGUAUUCUGUUUCCCCCAAACGAUUCGGGGCAUUUCUUUGGUGCUGAUGUAUUUCAUUUUUACACUAUUAAAAUAAAAAAAAUUCUUAGUUAA